AUGUAUGCUUAUGCAGCAGUAGCUUUUCUUCGAGUUGAGACGAGCGAGUAUGUCAAAAUGCAGUUGUUAAGUGCUAAAGCCAGAGUUUCCCCAACGGGAAAGAAGACCACUAUUGCAAGACUAGAAUUGUUAGCGGCUACAAUCACUGCAAGCCUUGCCUCAUCUAUCAAAAGAGAGAUCCCGCAUGAAGAAAUCUAUUUGUGGUCUGAUUCAACGACAGUGAUAACUUCGAUAAAGAGAGAAGAUGCUUGGAGUACCUUCGUACGAAACCGUGUUGCUGAAAUCAGAACUUUGACUUCCAAAGAAAAUUGA